UGACUGAGCACGGUUUGCUACCAUGAUAUGGUCGGUGAUAGUGAUGAAUACUGAAAGCAAGCCUCGGUUUGCUAAGUUCUACGAUUUUCAGCCCAUAGAGAAGCAACAGGAGCUCAUUCGCAGCGUCUAUGGAGUACUUUGCAGUCGAGGUGAGAACAUCAGCAAUUUCGUGGAGGCUGAGUCCAUCUUCGGUUCGUUUUAUGUGGCUCCUUGUAUUGGAAUUGCAACCCUUUAUUUUGUGCUUGUCUUUAACAGUUCUGAGAAUGAGCUUGCCAUGCUUGACCUGAUACAAGGUACUUCCAAUAUUUUAUGUGAUGGAUUUGUGACCUCUAGAUUACUUAUUAUGGAAAUGUUACAAGGCAUCUAAGAGGACUUUAGUACUCCUUGUUACCUCAAGUUUUGA